CCAUUUAUUUAGCAUGCUGUUUAGCCUUUGCCUAAACAUCGUAGCUCUAUUCGUCGUCUGACUUGAGCAGUUGACGUGACGCACGUGGACUGACACUAUAUUCAACAUGAGACCAUUAACUGACGAAGAAACCAAAAUCUUUUUCGAAAAGCUCACGAAAUAUAUCGGCGAAAAUGUAAGGUUAUUGAUUGAUAGACCUGACGGGGCCUAUUGUUUUCGACUUCAUCGAGACAGAGUAUUUUAUAUCUCUGAGAAGCUUCUCAAGCAUGCGGUUUCAAUUGACCGUGAUAAUCUUGUAAGCAUCGGGACAUGCUUUGGCAAGUUUACAAAGACCAGGAAGUUCCGUCUCCAUAUCACUGCAUUAGAUUAUUUGGCACCAUAUGCUCAGUACAAAAUUUGGCUUAAACCAACAGCUGAGCAGCAAUUUGUUUAUGGAAACCAUAUCAUGAAAUCUGGACUUGGUAGGAUUUCUGAGAGCACUGCAAAAUAUCAGGGAGUUGUAGUAUAUAACAUGGCAGAUAUUCCUUUGGGCUUUGGAGUUGCGGCAAAGGCAACGUCAGAAUGCAGACAUGCUGAGCCAAUGGCUAUCGUAUGCUUUCAUCAAGCCGAUGUGGGAGAAUACAUCCGAGCUGAAGACACGCUUGUGGGUUAAACUCUGUACACUAACAGGUCAAUAUCACUACAUCAUGUGAUAGCAGAUGGGGAUUGGCCUCCAAACAUUGCGCGGCAGUCUUAGCUAAAGCAGUUUCAUCUCUUCCGCAAAUAGCUAACCUGUAGCCUAUGCUAGCGAAAUGCACCGCGGUUGCUGCACCAAUUCCGGAGCUUGCACCUAAAACAGAGAAAAAUAGAAAAUAUUAUUGAUCAGGUUAAAAUGAGAUAUUUUAAAUUGUAUACCAGUAAUUAGAGCGACUUUCAGGUUAGACAUUUGUUACCCUAUGUGAAGCCUGAAACUAGAUUGAAAGUAUAGAAGUCAAUGAAUAUGUCCUUGUUUUAUAUCCUCCAGUUACAUGUAUGGUUAUCGAUGUUGAUAAGAUCCUUGCACCACCAGAUAAAAAAAUCUGUGUCUAUUUGAGAUUGCAACAUGUUCCAAUAUCUAAGCCAAUGGAUCGUUCACCUAUUAUUAUGUAGGACAGCAUUGGUGAGCAGCGGUGCAAUAUGCAUACCGAAAUACCUAUAAUUCAAUGUUUCAUUGCGCUGGGGAAUAGUUAACUAAAAUGCAAACGUACAUCAGUAGCCAAUCAACGUGUGUAAUCCAAAUUAUGAUAUGUUAACUUACAAAGUCCUCAUUUCCUUUGCUAGCAUAAUUUUUCAAGCAUAACAAACUGCUUCCAAACCUACCGAAAAACAAAAACAACAA